UGACAUGACAGCCGGAGGGCAACACAGAGUAACACAUGAUUCCUGUUUAGCUCGUGACAUAGGAACUAUGCUGAUGAGUUUAUUAUCAAGGGCAUUGCAGGCGGCGGUGACCUAUUUACCAGGUGAGUUCAACUAUUAUAUUUUUAUUAUUAUUAUUACUAUAUUAUUAUUAUUAGAUAAUCAAUCUUUUUACGUCUCUACAGACCGUACGGACUACGGAAGAGUGCAUGGGGACCGUUUUAUACAUACUAAUAAGUAAUAUAUAAAGUACCUACCUAUCUGUGUAUUGUGUUGGCGCGUGUUAAAAACGAUUAACUGACUAUUAAUUAUUCAUAUAGGUAUUAUAUAGGUAUAACCUACACUUGUUAAUACUAUACAGCUGGGUAGUUGCUAUGUAUUGUGUAUUAGUGCUACUAUGCUACCUACCAAUACUUACUAUUUGUACUAAGCAGCUGCAUCUUGCAAACCCAAGAUGAUAGAAUAAAAUGCUGUCCGUUAUCCUUGUACGGUAUAUCGUGCAAAAUGAAAAUAUGUUGGCUGUUCUAUAAAUAACAUCCCCAAUGAUUAUUUACCUGUCUACUAAUAAAAUUACAAAACGUAUUGAAUGAAGUAUAUUUUUAUUGUUUCAACAUAUCUUGACUUUUUAGUUUUUUUUAGACAUUUUUUACAAUUAAAUCAUUUUUAACCUAUUUGUUUCUAUAAACAUUGUUAUCUGUUAUACCACUGCAGAAUAGAUACUGUUAAAAUAUUUCGUUCGCACAUUAUUUUUUUAUAAACGGUUUUUAUUAAUUUUAGGGCUAGUUAUUUAAGUGUAGGGAUAUGUAGUAAAAAAUUGUAUAAAUGUAAGUUAUAUUUAAUUUAUAUCACAGGUUUCCAGCAAUAAUCGUCUGAAUCCUUCCGAAUUCUAAUGAGCGAAUGUUUGACGGUUUCGCAUUCGCUUGGCCCUAGAUUUGGAUGCCGUGUAAUCAAAUGGGAGUUAUAUAACUUAUAAUACGUAAUAGGCAGCUUCAUAUAUGAGCAUUAGGCAAACGUAUAAACAUAAUUACCUAAUGGCUAUUACCUACCUAUAAUAGUAUAUAGCCAUGUAGGUAUACACCUUAAUUGGUUUAUAAAACAAUUGGACAUUAUAAUUUUGUAGAAGUUAUAUGCGAAUUUCCUCACCACCUUAGCAUAAAAACGUCAACAUUGUAAUAUUGAAUUCCGUUUAAAUCCAUGAGGUAUUACACAUGGCACGUCUUUUUUUAUUGUGGUACCUAUGACCUAUCCCCGUUAAGGGUGACAGAGGCAGUGCGUUUUUUAGUUGAAAAAAUAUGUCUUACAGGAAAAACUCUCACGCCUUGUAUAAUAGUCUGAUUUCUUUAAAUUUUUUUAUUUGCAAGAAAAACGUUUGCGAGAACAUUUUGCAGGUUGAAUCAAACCCUAAUUUUUAAAAUUAUGACUAAAGAACCUAAAAUAUAUGAAUUUGAAUAAUGCACGAUAUUUGUUAUUUUUCACACGAAUUUUUUUAGCACCAUUGUAAGUAAAAUUAAAAUUCAGUCUUCAAUCUGACUUAAUCCGACUACCUAUUCUACAGCGCGUGGGAGUUGUUCUAUUUAUGUCAUUUUCGUUGAUAAAAUACAUCUUAUCAACAUCUUUUAAAUAGGUAUCGGCCAGUAAAUUAGUGGAUAAGUAUUAAAAUUCAGAUUAUAAUUAAAAUAUAAAACAUAAUUUUUAAAUUGUAUAGAAUUGUGGACAAUUAGGAAACCCGACUCCGACUCCCUUAAGGCCUAAUCUACACUUACAAAUAAAGUAUCGACUUUAUCUAAACUUUGACCGCUCAAAGUAAUUUAUCUAUUGUUAAUGUUUAAUGGUGGAUAAGUUUUUGUUUUAGUGUACCUAUAUAAGAUCGUUUACGAGAUUUGACGAAAGACCAACACCGUGGUUAACAAUAAUUAGAGAAAUAAUAAAAUUUAUAAAAUUCCGUAUGGCACAUUAUACAAUCGUUUUAAUGGGAAACAUGGUAAAAAACCUGGAGGACAGGCAAUAUUUAGUGAUGACUGAUGAGGAUGAAAAAAAUAUGAUAGCUGCUGUAUCAAAAUGUGGUGAUUGGGGAUUCCCUUUAACUUUAAUGGAUUUAAGAUUAAUCGCAAAAACAUCACUAGACAAAAGAGGAAUAAUAGUUCAGAAAUUUAAGGAUAACCUCCCUGGUGAUGAUUGGGCAAGGAGUUUGUUAAAAAGACACAAUACACUGACUCGAAGAAUCACUACAAACAUUUCUAGAUGUCGUGCCGAAGUCUCCCCUUCUACAAUAAAUUCAUAUUUUGAUAAUUUGUCUUCAGUACUAAAAGAUAUACCUGCUGAUAAUAUUUUCAAUUAUGAUGAGAUCAACCUCCAGGAUGACCCAGGAAAAAAAAAUUUUUAUUCAAGCGUGGUACAAAAUAUCCCGUACAAGUUCAAAACCACUCUAAAAGUGCCACCACAAUAAUGGUAUGUGGGUCAGCAA